GUGAUCUCGAAUCAGCGCAACGGAAGAAACCUUCCUGUCCGUACACCUCCCAGCAUGCCUCGCCUUACUCCUCGCUCGUCUAUGCAAUGUCCUCCGCUUCCUUCCCUCUCUCUCGGAUCUCCCUUUUUGACUCUCUCUCUCUCUAUCUCUCUCAUUCCUCCCUUUCUCUCUCCCUCCUUUUCUCUCUCUCUCCCAUUUUCUUUCUUUCUUUCUGGGUUUUUGCUGAACUCGGUCUUCUUUUGAAGCUGGUGCACUAUGGACGACGAAGACAGCAAGAGAAUUAUCGAAGACGAUGACAUGGAGGAGGCCUUGGCUGGCCUGAGCGCCGCCCCUCCGCCACGAAAGAAUCAGUCUUACAGCCAACAACUCCGAGGAACGUCGUCGCACAAACGCCACAAGCAAGUGCGCAAGCACAGCCUCGACGACGUCCAAGUUGUUGGCCUUAACUCCGAAGACAAUUUCUACGACUCUUCCGACGAGGACUUCUUCCCUUACUCCUCCACCACCACCACGCCCACCACCCCCUCAACCCCUACAACCACCACUGCUUCUUUUGCCGGUGGCGGUGAGAGGCUCUCCAUCGAGGGUACUGCUCCAGAGGACUUCCGCCAUUCCCAUCCACUGCCUGAGUUCAUCGGCAGCGGCGGCGCCUCCGGAAUCUUCAAGGUUCCGACUCGCGCGCCGGUCCAUCCAGGCCGCCCGCCUUGCCUCGAGCUGAGGCCUCACCCGCUGAGGGAGACACAGGUGGGAAAGUUCUUGAGAAACAUUGCGUGCACGGAGACCCAGUUGUGGGCCGGCCAAGAGAGUGGCGUGAGGGUGUGGGACUUCGAGAACGCGUACGAACCCGGGUGCGGGCUCGGUGGGUUCGGUGGGCGGGUGAGGAGGGGUGACGAGGACGCGGCGCCGUUUCAUGAGUCGGUGAACACGUCGCCCACCAUGUGUUUGAUGGUUGAUAGUGCGAAUAGGUUGAUUUGGAGUGGGCAUAAGGAUGGGAAGAUUAGAUCCUGGAAGAUGGAUCAGCCUUUGGAUGAUACGCCUUUCAAAGAAGGUCUUUCCUGGCUGGCGCAUCGUGGCCCUGUUCUUUCUAUGGUUUUGACAUCUCAGGGUGAUCUAUGGUCAGGUGCUGAAGGUGGUGUUAUUAAGAUCUGGCCAUGGGAAUCCAUUGAAAAAUCUCUCUCUCUUAAACCAGAGGAAAAGCACAUGGCAGCGUUACUGGUGGAGAGGUCAUAUAUUGACCUAAGGAGCCAAGUCACUGUUAAUGGUGUCUGUAGUAUAUCUUCUCAAGAUGUAAAGUCUUUGUUAUCUGAUAAUAUUAGAGCUAAAGUGUGGUCUGCUGGGCCCCUGUCCUUCUCAGUUUGGGAUGCUCGUACAAGGGAGCUUCUGAAAGUAUUCAAUGUAGAUGGUCAGAUGGAGAAUAGAGUUGAGAUGUCAUCGCCACAGCAAGAUCAAGCAGUAGAAGAUGAGAUGAAGGUAAAAUUUGUUUCCACAACGAAAAAGGAGAAAUCCCAGGGUACUAGCUUUUUGCAACGGUCACGUAAUGCCAUAAUGGGAGCUGCAGAUGCUGUUCGUCGAGUUGCAACUAAGGGGACAGGGGCAUUUGUAGAAGAUGCCAAGAAAACAGAAGCACUGGUGCUAACGGUUGAUGGAAUGAUUUGGAGUGGAUGUACAAGUGGCUUACUUGUGCAGUGGGAUGGGAAUGGAAAUCGACUGCAUGAAGUUUUUCACCAUCCAUGUUCUGUCCAGUGCUUUUGCACUUCUGGGACACGAAUUUAUGUAGGCUAUGUGAGUGGUGUUGUCCAAGUGUUGGAUCUCGAGGGAAGUUUGAUUGCAGGAUGGGUUGCUCAUAACAGUCCUGUGAUAAAAUUGGCAGUUGGGGCUGGUAAUGUUUUUAGCUUAGCUACUCAUGGUGGUAUACGUGGAUGGAACAUCACCUCUCCAGGGCCUCUUGACAACAUAAUACGGUCCGAAUUGGCAGGAAAAGAACUGACAUAUACGAAACGGGACAAUGUCAGAAUCGUAGUUGGCACAUGGAAUGUUGGUCAAGGAAGAGCCUCUCAUGAAUCUCUUAUGUCAUGGUUGGGUUCUGCUGUAUCAGAUGUUGGCAUUGUUGUUGUUGGGUUGCAAGAAGUAGAGAUGGGCGCUGGUUUUCUUGCAAUGUCUGCUGCAAAAGAGACUGUAGGACUUGAAGGGAGUUCUGUCGGGAACUGGUGGUUGGACACAAUAGGAAAGGCCUUAGAUGAAGGGUCUACUUUUGAGCGUAUGGGUUCUAGGCAGCUUGCAGGCUUGCUUAUAUCUCUUUGGGUGAAAAAGAAUCUUAGACCAUAUGUUGGGGACAUUGACGUUGCUGCAGUUCCUUGUGGCCUCGGUCGUGCAAUUGGUAAUAAGGGAGGUGUAGGCUUGAGAAUCAGAGUAUAUGAUCGGAUAAUGUGCUUUGUAAACUGUCACUUGGCUGCACAUCUGGAAGCUGUCAAUCGCCGCAAUGCUGAUUUUGAUCAUAUUUUUCGAAAUAUGGUCUUCAGCCGGUCAUCUAAUCUACUCAAUGCUGCUGGUAUGGUGCCAUACCUGUUUUUGUUUUGCUCUCUUGUCUUCUCCACAUAUUUAUUUUGGCUGCUUUAUUCUUCUGGCUUGCCGUUGGUCCUCUCUUUUGCAGCUGGCGUCUCAACCUCUGCUCAUAUGCUUCGGGGUGCAAAUGCUGGGGGUGGCAUCUCUGAAGAACCUAGGCCUGAGUUAUCUCAAGCAGAUAUGGUUGUAUUUCUUGGUGACUUUAAUUACCGGCUUUUCGGUAUAUCUUAUGAUGAGGCAAGGGACUUUGUUUCGCAAAGAUGCUUUGAUUGGCUUAGAGAAAAGGAUCAGCUCAGAGCAGAGAUGCAAGCUGGAAAAGUUUUCCAAGGAAUGCGAGAGGCAAUCAUAAGAUUCCCUCCAACAUACAAGUUUGAAAAGCACCAAGCAGGUUUAGCAGGAUAUGAUUCUGGUGAAAAGAAGCGCAUUCCUGCCUGGUGUGACCGCAUAAUAUACCGUGACAAUCGGUCAGCUCCGGUGUCCGACUGCAGUUUACAGUGCCCUAUGGUCUCAUCAAUUUUACAGUAUGAUGCAUGCAUGGAUGUGACUGAUAGUGAUCACAAACCUGUCCGGUGUAAAUUCAAUGUGAGAAUUGCUCAUGGGGAUAAAUCUGUAAGGAGACAAGAGUUGGGGAAAAUUUUCAGAUCCAAUGAAAAAAUUAGGUCUAUUCUUGAAAAAUUAAGUCAUGUUCCAGAAACCAUUGUGAGCACCAACAAAAUAGUCCUUCAACACCAGGACUCAUCCAUCCUGCGAAUCACCAACAAAUGCGCGAAGGACACGGUUGUAUAUAAAAUCAUUUGUGAAGGUCAGUUGACUGUCAAGGAGGAUGGAGAAACACCUGAGCAUCGCCCAAGAGGCGGCUAUGGCUUUCCCCGAUGGCUUGAGGUUGUACCUGCAACUGGCAUAAUUAACCCUGAAGAAUGUGUGGAGGUCUCAGUGAAUCACAAAGACUUUCAUACCCUAGAAGAGUUUGUUGAUGGCAUCCCACAAAACUGGUGGUCUGAAGACACCCGGGACAAGGAGGUGAUAUUGGCCGUAAAUGUGGGUGGCAGUUGCUCAACCCAAACAUUCAGUCACCGAAUCGUUGUCCAUCACUGCUACACCGGCAAGAAAAUGCGCAUUGACUCAAAACCCAACAGUGCUAGGAAGAACCAAGAAGGUCAAGUUCAACGGUCUGAAUUCCGGCAACAAUGCACAGUGGAUGAUCUCCAAAAUUUGAAAAUCCAUGAAGGUAGAAACAGAGACUAAUAGUAAUGUGGCAGAUGUAGAUGAUGCAUUACCAGGGAGAAGUGCUUUGACUGGAAAUCUUGAUGUAAAUACUUUGUGAAGCCUGGUUCCCAUUACAAUCAUCUUAGAACAGGUUCAAUUUGUUUAUAAUAAUAUGUUAUAUUAUCAGUGUA